AUAGAAGAAUAGAAGCUGCUACAGCGUAACAAGUGGUUGGUCUCGUUACAUUCAGAGAGAUUUACUAAAAUCGCUAAAAUUACCACAGGAUAGAAGUUGAAACAUCGUCACAAUCGGCUGUUUUGUGACAUUUUACAGCACUUUACAUCCGCUGUAGUUUGAAUUAAGAAGUUGCAACAAGCGGUUUGUUUCGUGGCGUCCGUGUACUUAACAGCGCGUGGAAGAAGUGCACAUCCAUACAAGUAGUGGAAAAGAAGGGGCAACUCGGAGUGUUUGCGGUUUGCAGCCAAAGAGUCACACGGAGAGGAUCCUGGAUGUGUUUUCUGGUCGUUUAAAGGGAAUGAGAGAGAGAGAGCAGAGCACGCUUUGAGCACGGCAGCGUUUAAGUGGCCAGUGCCAUGAAACUGAAUCCACAGCAAGCUCCGUUGUAUGGCGAGUGUCUGCUGACGGUCCAGCUCUGUGAGGAAGAGUGUGUCGAGAACGAAGAGGAUGUAGAGUUUUAUCUUUUGUUUGCUGGCACCACCCAACGGCACGUUUCCAGCACUUUGAAAAUCAGCCAUGUCACGCUGCAGGCCGUGUGUCCAGCUCAUGAUUGCAGCGAAACCGUGCGGGUUACGCUGUGCCAGGCUCGGCCGGGGGGCUCAGUUGAUCCCGUGGCUGAGGAACGCUUCCAGUUCGUGCAGGACCUCGCCCUGGAUAUGGCCCAGUUUCUGGUAAACACGGCUGGGAAGAGCGAGGGGGCGUUACUUCUGGACGAGUGUCAGACACCCCUGAAGGAGUGCGAGAGGUUGGAUGAUACUCUAGCCCUUGCUCUUAAGCAUCUGCCCCUACCGCCAGGCUGGAGCGUCCUGGGCACAGACUUUCCCAUAGAAACUAGUUUGGGAAUGGAACCUGGACCACAAGACACACUUUUGCACUUUGCUGCGAAACGCGGGCUGCGCAAGGUAGCGAUCUUUCUUCUCCAGCAACCAGGGGGAAGAGAGGCUCUCCGACUCGCCAACAAACAGGGUCGUACGCCGGCCAGGGUCGCCCAGAAGAGAGGCCACAAACAACUCCAAAAACUGCUCACAGAGGUUGAGAACUUGCCAGAGCUGGAGACGAAAGCGUCCAAGUGGCGUUACCCGGGAGGGAGAGUGCUGCUACACCACCCGAAGGUAAACACCUACACCCUGACACUGGAGGACGUGCCAGGUAGUCCUCCGCCUAACCUUCGGCAUGAUGUGGAGGAGCUCCAACAUCUUAUUCGGUCACAUCAGAAGGAAGAUUCUCUGGUACAGCCUAAGCCUGCGCUGCUGAUUCUUGACAGAGGUUCAAGUCGUAGGACAGAGACUGUUGACUGCUUCAACUCGCUAGACUCUGAACAUCAAGAACCUAGUGCAGAACAAGAAACUUGCAAAGCGCUUCUGAACAAUCUGGCGGAUGGACUGUGCCCUUUUCAGAAUGGCACCGGAGAUCAUGGCCAAUCACGAGACAAGGAGGUGGAACCUGACACACCAGCUGUAGGGGAUACCGGGAAGGUGUCAGAUAAGUGUGCAGAGUGGCGGGCAGAAGCUGAUUCUGUGGGUUUCAGUGCCCCUUCCUGUGGAAACCAGGGAGAGGAAGCUGAUACAGAGCUCGGCGUAAUCAGUGCCAAGCAGGGCGUUGAUAAAGGGAACCAAGAGCCCGAAGCUUACCAGAGGAGUUCAGAGACCGACUCUAGCACACAAUCUGGCAACCUUGAGUCCUUAGACAUGGGCCACGCACAGUCUCAGGAUCACAGUUCCCUACCUACGGAAGCUAGUCAGUCCUUACAAAGAGAGGAUGGGAGUUUAGAUGUUUGUUGGAGAGGGGACUUACCAGAGGAAAAGGAAGGGGAGACAAAGAGCAGCAGCCAGGAAACAGUCUCAAACUCUUUAGCACUUUCUUCCCAUGAUCCAGAGGAAAAUGGUCAGCGUAACGACAAGAUCGAGCCUAAACCGGCUGCCAAGGGUUCUUCAGAAAACGGUGAACCUACCUUAAUCUCAAUUCAGAUAAAUUCUGACUUUAACUCAUUGGUUCAAAACAAUAAAAGUGGUGUUGCCGAUCCAGUCGAUUGCCCAGAGACAGGAAAUUGGAACGAACACACCAAAGGCAACUCUGACUCAGUUUCUGGUUUGGUCGCGGAUGACGUUAGCAUAAAGCAGAACUCUGGAUUUAGCAUUUCAGAAGUUGAUUCUUCGGAGCCAAUCAGUCUGCGGCCAAACAUGGCACCAGGACCUACUCACAAGGGUGGGCGAGGACUUACGCCUGUUCCUGAGACUUUAUCUCUUGAAGGACCAUCUGAGGAGCCUUCGGACCACUCUCACGCAUCAUCUUCAGAAACCACAUCAGAAUGUCUGGAGACGUUAUUGGACAACUUGGAAUGUGAAAUCAAAACAAAAGCAGGGGGAUAUGAUGGCAUCGCUAAGGAAGCAUUCCUGUCUGAAGAAAUUAAAAAAGUAACUCCUAAAGAAAGACCACAAUCUGAACCCUCUGAUGAAGCUAGCCGUCUACCCGUUGACUCUGAAACCUUUAUCACAACUGAUAUUCAACAGGGUGCGUCCACAGUAUUGUCCACAGAACCUUCUGACGUAAUAAUAGGAACGACAUUAAGAGAUAAAGAGGAAUUGAAAACAAAUGUUGAGCUGAACUCUUUGUCAAAAGAGGUUGAACAGAUUCUAGAGGAGCCAUCUGGAGAUGACACAAAUUUAAAUGAGAUUCAUGAGCUGUCAGUUACAGGUCCUGAACUUUCUGCGUUGAAUAUUGAACAAGAAGAAAUGAAGAAACAUCAGGAGGAACUUCUAGAGGAAAAGGAAAUGGUCUCCACUUCACAGGAAACAAUCGGCGAUCUUCCUGAUCGCUUGGAAACAGCACACGUCAGUGACACCGAAUGCAAGGCACACGUCCAGCUUCCAGAUCCUUCCUUGGAGGGCGUGAAUACAAUAUCAGAUCUUACUGUUGGUGUGAAUGACCUAGUUCAAGGUUUAAUGGAAAGCGCACACAACCAACCUUCCCAAACCGACGGGGUAGAAAUCUCUUAUGUGACUUCUGAUGGAUGCAUCGACUUGGCCACCAUUUCAAACGAGACGGCUUUCACUGAAGACAGUGCGGAUUCUUCUACGGAUGCUGUAAGUGAUGUAGUUGUGGGGUUGGAGAACGGCUCCACAUCUGACCUACACAAUCCCUCUUCCUUAACAGCUGAGCUGACUUCCCCUUUGGAUAUUAUUAGUGAAUUACAUCAGGAUUUAGAACACACUUCCUCAGUGGAUACAGAUAUUAGUUUGUCUACAGAACCGCGACCUUCCGAUACGACCGAGAGCGUGAGUGGAUUACAUCAAGAUAAUAUUAAGUGUUUGAUGGAGCAGAACGAAACCGCGGAGCAGCAUGCGGAGGAACCACAUGCAAUUGCAGAUGGCACUUUAGCAAAAGACGCAGUGGACGGACACCAAGACUCCUCAGCAGAUGUCGAAAAUUCUGAAGUGAUUCACAGAGAGACGGAGACAUUUUUUUCAGUUGAUUCGAGUCGAGUCGCUGGAGUGCAGGAGACCAAAACCAGUUCAGAAUUCCCCCCUUCGACUCCCUCACCGGAGAGGGUGCGACACACAGAAUCAGCGAGCACCAUGCGAGGGUCUGCCAGCGAUGGCGACUCUCUCCUCAGCCAAGAUUUGGGCGAGGACAGCGUUUUUAACAACAAGAGCGAGGACAGCAUCACCAUCACAAGUGGCGUAUCCAUGUCCUACUCCUCCUCCACCGACGACACCUCCAGCUUAGGCACCCCCAGCACGAUCCCUCAAUCCAGCACGGAGACGCCUGGAUCCAACCCCUUGCUGCCCGAAUCCCCCAGAGCUUCACCCGUCUCGGGGGAAACUGAGGAGGAGGAGAGAAAGGACCGCCUGACCGAAGUCCCAGAGCGUUCGGCUAUUUUACGCACCUCCAUGCGCUCCCUCUCUCCCUUCCGCAGGCACAGUUGGGGCCCGGGGAAAAACUCAGUGGGAGAGAUGGAGAUGAGUCAACGCAGUACGGCACGAAGUGAGGUGGAGCGCAGAUCCGCGGGCCAUAGGAGAAGCAUGAGCUGGUGUCCGUCAGUCGUCCUGCGUUCAGAGGGUGACGAAAUAAACAGCAGAAGUUACAGCCUGGAAGGUCUCUCAGCUGACAAGGAAGGAAGGAAAAGCACAAUCCAGCCUGUCCAGGAACCGAGCUGUCCAUCAAAACUAGACCGAGAGGAGAGAGGCUCGCUCGUGUCUCUUACUGAAGAAGAGCAGGAGUCUGACAUGGGCGACUGCAGCAGUUUGGACGGUCAGAAGUCUAUCCAGUCUGGACAGAGAUUCGUCACACCUCCUCUACAUCCGAUUCUCACCAAAUCCGUCUCCAUGUUGGCCAUCAGUCAAAAAGACCUGGAUGCGAAUGGACGGCCGCGACCUAAGCGACGAAUCUCCUUCUCCUUCAGCAUCUCGCCUUUGCUCCCCAAAUCUAAAACUGUCUUUUCUAUUGGCUCUUCAUCCAGUGAUGAUGAGGAUACAGUCAGAUUGAGCUCUUUCACAGGCACAUCAGGAUCAUUAGAAUACAGUAUUUCCGAGGAGGAUCCGGGUCCGUUACGGAGCGACAAUGAAGGCAAAGCUGGAGGAACCAAAGUCAGCAGGACCUUCAGUUACCUUAGGAGCAAAAUGAGCAAAAAGAACAAGAAGGAGGAGAAGGAGAAGAGUAAGGAGCGAGAGAGGGAUGCCAAAGACAAAGAGAGGAGAGCCUCAAAUGGACAUCUGUUUACUGCGGUCAUGACAGUACCCACAAUUACCUGCCACCAGUGCAACAAACCAAUCAACACUAAAGAUGCUUUCCUCUGCACCACUUGCAACGCACAAGUUCACAAGGGUUGCCGAGAGAGUCUUCCUGUUUGUGCCAAGGUGAAAAUGAAGCAGCAAAAACAACAAUCCGUUCCAGAUUGUGCCUCAAUGCCCAGCGUCACCCUAAGAAGUAAAACCAUCCCUGCACGGGAACGCCCGUGGUCCACCAUAUCAUUUCUAGACGACCAGCCCGCCCCACUCGCACCGCCUCGAAAAGGCCCAAGCAGUAUAAUGUCUUUCAACAGCAUCCCGCUUUCAAAGAGCAUGUCCAUAAACAACAUCGCAGGACAAAUGGAAGAUCCUCCUCUAAAGAGUCUGAAGUUUCUGUCACAGUCUACAGACUCUCUCCAUAAGACCAGUAAAGUAACAGAGUCCACAGAAUCUCUUACUGAUGAGGGUACAGAGAUGAUGGAUAAUCAUUUAAUGGGGGAAUUUGAGGCCGAUGUCAAAGAUCUGGAGGCCGAUUCUUGGAGCUUUAUGAUGGACAAGAAGUAUCUGAAACAACUUAAGAAGGACGUCAUCAAGAGACAAGAUGUCAUCUACGAGCUCAUCCAGACAGAAAUGCACCAUGUCAGAACCCUGAAGAUCAUGGCUGAUGUUUACAGUAAAGGCUUACAGAGAGAAGUUCAGCUGGAGGUCCAGACGGUAGAGAAGAUGUUCCCCAUGCUGGAGGAUCUUCUGGACUUGCACACACAGUUCUUCACGCACUUGGUCGAGAAGAAGAAAGAGGCGGCGUCGGAAAGCAAAGAAGAGGGACGCUUUGUUAUCAGAAAUAUUGGUGACAUGCUGGUCUCUCAGUUCUCGGGUUCCAACGCUGAGAGAAUGAAGAGGGUUUACGGAAAGUUUUGCAGUCGACACAAUGAAGCCGUGAACUUCUACAAAGAGCUACACACCAAAGACAAGCGCUUUCAAGCUUUCAUCAGGAAAAAGAUGAGCAGCCCUGUUGUCCGAAGGCUAAGCAUUCCUGAGUGUAUAUUGUUAGUCACACAACGAAUCACAAAGUACCCGGUGUUACUCCAGAGGAUACUGCAACACACGAAAGAAAAUGAAGAGGACCACGCAGAUGUAACCCAAGGUCUCAAGUUGGUAAAGGAGGUGAUCGCCACAGUGGACAACAAGGUGAAUGACCAUGAGAAGAAAAAGAGGUUAAAGGAAGUGUACAGCAGGACGGACAGUAAAUCCAUCAUGAGGAUGAAGAGCGGACAGAUGUUUGCCAGAGAGGAUCUGUUACGUGGGCAGAAACUGAUUCACGACGGGCCGCUGCAGCUGAAGAACACGGCUGGCAGACUGAAGGAUGUCCAGGCCUUGCUGCUGAGGGACGUGAUCGUGUUCCUGCAGGAGAAAGAUCAGAAAUACAUCUUCGCCUCCCUGGACCAGCGCUCCACUGUCAUUUCGCUGCAGAAACUCAUAUUGAGGGAAGUUGCCAAUGAGGAGAAGGGACUGUUUCUGAUCACGGCGGGCAUUGAGAAACCUGAGAUGGUAGAGGUGUACGCAAGCUCAAAGGAAGAGAGGAACACAUGGAUGCAGCUCAUACAGGAGGUCAUGCAGUCAAUACUCUCCAUUUCCUCCAGGGAGAGGGAUGAUGAAGAAGGUGUGCCCAGCGAGAAUGAAGAAGACAGAAGACUUCAGGAGAUCAGAGUCAAGGAGUUGAAAGAUCAGCUGCAUAAGAGAGAUGAACAGAUCUUGUCUUUCCUGGAGGAGAAAGUGAAGUUGUUCAGGGACAUGUGCGAUUGCGGCGUAUCGGAUGAGACUGGCUCCAGCCUCCGCAGCAGAAUGUUCUUCAGGGCCACGCCCGAUGACAUCACCAAAGGGGAGCCAAUCAUGAAGGAUGCUUUAAAGGAAGUGGAGACGUUGCAGGGUCUGGUGAACGGCAGUCUUGGAGGGGCCGUGCAGGACGGCAUGUGCGCGACAGGGCCCGUAUCUCUGCCACGACGGGCAGAAACCUUCGGGGGCUUUGACAGUCACCAGAUGAACAUCUCAAAGAUCAAAGAUGGAGACAAAGAUGACACUGAAGACUCCACAGAGCUCCGCAGGACUGAGUCAGACAGCGUUCUAAAGAAGGCAAGCAACACCAACCCACUGCUUCUCCUAAAGAGGAACAACGAGCAGGUUCUUCAGAGCGUUGCUCAUCUUCAUGACCUGCUGAACACAUUGCAGGCUGUUGUCAUCCAACAGGACACUUUCAUCGAGGACCAGCGGCACGCCCUAACCGAGCGCCCUCAGCCUUCCUCUCGCCACCCCUCUAUAUCUUCCUCAUCAUCCUCCUCCUCGUCAUCACGGCCCAGCUCGCUCAUCGAGCAGGAGAAACAGCGGAGCCUGGAGAAGCAGCGGCAAGAAGUGGCCAGUCUGCAGAAGCAGCAGGCCGCCCACACCGAGGAGAGGAAGCGCAGAGAGAAGGAGUGGGAGGCUCGCGAGCGGGAACUGACUCGGAGGGAGACGCAGCUGCAGAACCAAGAGGAGGAGGUGCUGAAGAGACACACAGAGCUGGAGGAGGAGAAACAGGAGCUGCAGAAUAAAAAGGAGGAGUAUCAGAGAGACCUGGCACGACUCCGAGACAGCCAGAAGAAACUGGAGAGAGAUCGAGAGCAGAUUCAAAGAGAUGCAGAGCAGAUGAGACAAACGGAGGAACAGAGAAAGAACCGGACCCCCUCCACCACAUCAGAGGAAUCCUCCAAGUUCCAGAGCUCUGGCUCGUUGGACCGCGACCCCUCCGAAGUUGAGCUGUCCUCCUCCCCGUCUGCCAAAGACUUGCUGUCUCGCAUGGACUCCAAACGCAAAGGCAAGAACCUCAACCCCUUCUCCUCCAACUCGAGCCAGAAGGCCCAGAACAGUGAGGCGCAUAGCCAGAUUCCCAGCCGCCUGCUACAGCUGGCCAAACCCAAAGACAAGAAGAAGAAAAAGGGGAAGGGUCACCAGAACCAGACUGCAGAACCCCAGAGCACUGCGGCUCCAGACGCCACUCCGGACGGACAGGUCUUUUUUUGCUGAUCCAGGUCCCCUUUUGAUCCCCACUAUCCCACAAUUCCUCCAUGCCAGUAGUCUCUGGUUGUGGACCGUAAACUAGAGUUUGCACCCCUCCCUUACACAUACCUGUGGUCGUGAUGGGCGUCAGGCCUGGACAGGAAGUUUAAACUGAGCAUUUCCUGUGGCCUGAUUUUCGGCGCUCGGCAUACCGCACAGUGCCUUCGUCGCUCGCAUGCACGUAUGAAUAAAAUCACUGACCCCUGGGAUGCGGCUCAGGAUUCUUUUCUGGAGGAACAGAAUGUGUCGGAUACAUUUUUGAAUAUAAAAGAAAGAUUUAUGACAGCAGGUGACUUCACGCUGAGACAGCUGGCUUCACAACCGCUGUAAAAGUCAACUUUGCAUGCUCUCCGUUUCUCUGAAGGACAUUUGACUAAUGAAGACUAAUAAUGCAAGCGGGUGAACUUGGAUGGCAGUUUGCAAUGCAGGGACGAAGUAUCUAGACCUUUUGACAACAUGUCCUUCAUAACUAAUUGUAAUACUACACUUUCAGCAGACAAACAGAUAGGGUUUUGUUUUUAAUCUGGUUUUUAGACAAAACCUCAGAUUCUUGCAAGCAUACAGCACCAGGUUUAUUCCAUUUAGAAGGUUGAAAUUUGUCAAAUGAAAGCGUUUGAGAAUUUUAAAGAGCAUGACGAAAGCGUAGUGCAGUAAAAUAAUGUUUUGUUUUUAUUUAUUAGUUCUGUAAAUCACAUUUAUAUCCCCAAAUGACUGAAAGAGAUUAUAAAGUUUUUGUUUCACUGAAACGACACAGAAUGAUUUUGAUGUGACUCGUAGAGCUUCACACAGAGACCCCACAAGUUUAUGAUUUUUUUUCUUGUAAGCCUCAAUGCAAUUUUAAUCCUUAGCACUUUAUAAGCACAUUGUCAAGUGGAAAAAAAUAGCUGACUUUAAAAUGAAACAAUCGAUCAGCUCCACUUAACUGAUAAACAACCUCCGUUGUAUGAGGAGAACCAGAGGUUUUAUUGAUAAUCUUUUACUGUACCAUAUGAAUGUUAUUGUAAAUUUGUUCAACCAAACACAAUCGAGCUUUCAAGCAAGCUACCAAAAGAGCGGGUGUUUCAAUAGCAGUAUUUUCUUUUUUAAUUAAACAUAUGGAAUGUUGAAAUGAGGGAGUUUGGCAUUUGUAUGUAGCCAUGAGGAUGGAGUUUCUGAUUUGCAUGCUCGAGAUCCAUGGCGGACAUUUGGGCUAUUGAACUAAUAUUGAAUAUACAUUGUGUUUGUGUAUUAAAAGCCUGGACUGUACCCUCUAACUCCCAGUCAUAAAAACCCUCGCCUGCUGGCCAGGCUACCAGUUCUGUUGAACAUGAGGAAAUAUUUUAAGAAUGAGGGAAAUCCUGCAGAUGAACUGUUAAUAUAAGCUGUCUGCUUUUUUAUUUUCUUGAAAUUAAACUUCUACCCAACGUGCCUGUCUAAUGCAUUAGAGUGAUAAAUGUCUCAAUUCAUUUAUCAAACCCCACAGCAUCUCUCGUAGAAGUUUUAUUAUCAGUCAGAAUUUUCCACAGAGCUGUUGCCAAACUUCUUCAUGCUAUUAUGAAUUACACAUGGUGCUAAACUGAAGAAAAUGCCUUGGCCGUUAGAGGGCGCUGUUACGUAAUUCUGUCCCACCUGAACAGUAACGCAUUCACACUUGACUAAAAAACGCAGUCUGAUAUAGUUGUCGGCCAUUCCCUGUUUCUUUGGGGUUUUAAAGAACCAUUACGCUUUUUUAACCUGGUUUAAUAUUCCCCAGAUUUUGCAGUGUUUGUGGGUUCCUUUACGUCACCAAAUCCAAAAUUUCAAGAUGAACGAUUACUAGCUCACGUGAUGAGACUUGGAAGGGUUCUCGUUGAUUAAAAACAUAACGGCAUAACCUUAAAAAUGCACUAGAGAUGAAUUCCAGUUAUCGACACGUUAAAUCAAACUUCUGGAAAUUAAACAAUGGUUACAUUAUAGAGGGUACCGUAAUUUUGUGUAAAAAAGCGGGGAUGCAACACAUUGUGUAAAUAUCUGAAAUGUAAAAAAUGUAAAAGUAUUAAUUAUGGAUUUUCUUUUGUGGUUUGAUUAAAGCUUUUUAUAACUAG